GGAUUUCACCCAGUAGUGCUCCCGAUUAGUUUGGAACAACACAGCGUACAAAAUACUACACGUGAUAAAUUAUCUACAAUUUUAAAUAAUGAACGUUAUACUUUGUCUGGUUGGAAUAACUAGCAUAAUAGAAGGAGUUGUCUUGGAUCCAUCUCUGUAUUUGGCUCCCAGUCCCCCUUUGACUACAUCAAAAGACAACGAUGCACAGAAAAUGUGGUCGGAAUCUAUGGUUCCGAGGAUGAAAGAAAGAGGCAAAUCGGCUCCAUUUAUUUUAGAAAAUUCCGACAAAACUUCGCUCGAACCGGAGUCAAUGGAAGGAUCGGAGACAUUUUGGCCAAGAUUUCAUUCAUCCAGCUCAAAAGGAAUUUAUAUUCCCCUAAGUUUCCAUCUUUCUGGUACAUAUGGAGGAGGCUCUGGCACUGGUGUCUAUAGUAGCGGUUAUAUGGGUAUGCCUGAAGCCUAUGGCAAUCUAGGUAAAGCGGUUCUAGCUGGCACGAGUUACAAAUCACCAGGAGAGUAUUCUGGCUUAAGGCUAUUCGGCAGCAGUAGCAGGCCUGUUUGGAGUGGUUGGGGUAAUGGGAAAUGGGGUCAUUACGGAAAAGGAUAAAAUGU